AGAGCCCAAACUCUGAAAUGUGAAGAAUUGACGCCCCUACUUCGGUGGCUUAUGUUUUCCUGUCUCCUCUCCCAAAAUUUCUCCUUCUUCCUCUUCCAGACACUCCGCCGCCGGUCCUUCCACCACCCACCUCUCUUCCUGGCCGUCCCUUCUACUUCCGGCAACUGCCAGUCCAACCGCUGCAGCUCCCCUUCUACAGAACAAAAAGCACCAUGAGUGCCCCUUCUCCUGCUCAUGAUGAGGAUCCAGUAGAAGAUGAAGAACAACUUUUUCUUGAUGAAAAUGAUAUUAUCCAGGAAAUCCCUGUUGAUGAAGAAGAGCUGCCAGACAUGGAUAAUGAUGAAGGUUCUGAUGCUGAGCCCCGUGAUGAACCUGAUGACUCAAUUCACAUAUUCACUGGUCAUACUGGCGAACUGUACACUGUGGUGUGCAGCCCAACAGAUCCUAACUUAGUGGCUACUGGGGGUGGAGAUGAUAAGGGAUUUCUUUGGAAUAUUGGUCAAGGUGAUUGGGCUUUUGAGUUACAAGGUCACUCGGAUUCAAUAUCAAGUUUUGGAUUUAGCAAUGAUGGUCAGUUGCUUGCAUCUGGAAGCUUUGAUGGACUUGUAAAAGUGUGGGACAUGUCAUCGCGAAAUCUGAAAUGCACACUUGAUGGUCCUGGAGGGGGUAUUGAGUGGGUCAGGUGGCAUCCAAGGGGACAUCUAAUAUUGGCUGGUUCAGAGGAUUCCACUGUAUGGAUGUGGAAUGCUGACAGGGGUGUUUAUCUCAACAUGUUUGCAGGUCAUAACAGUACUGUCACUUGUGGUGAUUUCACUCCAGAUGGUAGAAUAAUUUGUACUGGCUCUGAUGAUGCAACAAUGAGGAUAUGGAACCCAAAGAGCGGAGAAAUCAUUCACGUUGUCAGAGGCCAUCCAUAUCACACCGAGGGAUUGACAUGCUUGAGUUUAAGUUCUGAUUCAGCUGUUGCUCUUAGUGGUUCAAAGGACAGUUCUGCUCACCUGGUAAAUAUAACAACAGGAAAGGUUGUUGGUUCACUGAGUGGUCAUUCAGAUUCUGUUGAAUGUGUUGGAUUUGCUUCUUCAAGCUCUCCAUGGGCAGCAACAGGAGGCAUGGAUCAGAAGCUCAUUGUAUGGGAUCUUCAGCAUCUGAGUUCUCGGUGCACCUGUGAACAUGAGGAAGGCGUUACAUGCUUGUUAUGGCUGGGUGCAUCCAGAUUUUUGGCUACCGGAAGUGUUGAUGGUAAAGUACGAAUAUGGGACAGUCUCUCUGGGGAUUGCGUGAGAACGUUUAGUGGGCAUGAUCAUGCCAUUCAAUCUUUGGCUUUGUCUGCCAGUGGGGAUUUCCUGGUUUCAGUUUCUCUUGAUACUACUGCCCGUGUAUUUGAAAUUGCAGAAUUCAAGUAAGAAGACUCUUGUGACAGUGGAGGGUUAGUUAUAUGAAAAACAAGCUUGUUUGUUUUCUUUCCCUAGAUAAUUUGCAACGGAUGUUCAUUUUUGAGUACUGGUAGAAUUUUUCCCAUACAGCUUGAUAUAGAUACGUAAGGCCUGAUCUUGAAUGCUUAUUAUUUCUGUACAAAAAAUAAUAAUUUAAGAAGCA